GGAAGUCCACGUCAGUUCGCUGAGAGGUUCUAGAGUGUGAGCCCCAACCUGACGCUGGUUAUAGCACGGCUCCCUCACACACACGUUCGAUGGCGGACGAGUGCACGCGCAAGGCAGUAUCUCAGAUCCCGCUGCUGAAGACGCACGCGGGCCCGCGAGACCGCGCGCUGUGGCCGCAGCGUCUCAAGGAGGAGUACCAGGCUCUGAUCCGCUUCGUGGAGCAAAACAAGGCGGCAGACAACGACUGGUUCCGCCUCGAGUCCAACGCAGACGGCACGUGCUGGACCGGUACGUGCUGGUUCAUUCACGAGCUGCUACGCUAUGAAUUCCGCUUGGAGUUCGACAUUCCGGUGACGUAUCCGGACACGGCGCCGGAAGUGGCGGUGCCUGAACUGGACGGAAAGACGGCCAAGAUGUACCGCGGCGGAAAGAUCUGCUUGACCGAUCACUUUGCGCCGCUGUGGGCCCGCAACGCCCCGCGUUUCGGCCUGGCCCACCUGAUGGCUCUCGGACUCGGACCGUGGCUGGCAGUUGAGAUCCCUGACCUGAUCAGCAAGGGCCACGUGAUCCACAAGGAGCAACAGCGCAAGGUGGAUUGACGUCACCGAUGGCGCGUGAACCCUUUUCACAGUAGUAGACUCGGGUUCCAGAAAUUGAGUUUUUUGGAGACAUGAAUCAACUGCUGAUAUUUGAACCUUAGUACAAUAAAUGUCCAAAUACCCAAAGUGGAAGUGAUUUUGAUUAAAAUGGAAUAACAAUGUGGUCCAUCUUGGACUCUUUUCGCUUGUUGAUCAUUGGUAUCGUUCAUGAGGAUGCUACCGUACCGGAAAGCCACAAAGACAACCAUUUGUUGGAGAGCACCUGUUCAAUUCCACAUUUUAUUAAAAAAAGCCAAUGAGAUGAAAUCACUCAGACAACCAGAGUUUAAAAGUUCUGUCAUAGGAGCAUGUGGCAAUCAGUUUCCCGUCAGGUGACACGUCCACGCCCAUCACCUACAAAUCACAUGACAAACAGGCUGUGCUAUUCUAUUGUCCAUCAAUGGGACAAAACAAAGGAAAAACAAUCAUUUUACCUUUCCCUCAUGUCCUGCCAGUGUCUUCAGUGGCAUCCAACCAGGAUGACUCCAAACCUUCGCCAUGUUGUCAUAUGCGCAUGUCAACAGGAAGUGGCCAUCUGUGGCUGUAGGGGUGUACACACACACACACACACACACACAUCAAUGCUAACAGCAGAGGUGAUCAUAGAGCGCUAAAGUCACCGUAGAAACAAGGACCUAUUAUCAGCUCAAUAGCUUCAUUCCAUGACAAU